CUGACGCCUGCGCAGUGGCCACGCCCCCUGUGUAGUAUCUUUCCGCCGAAGUGUCAGCCGUAAGUGACCACCAAGCCGAAACGCACCAAAAAUGACCGACCAAGGGCUGACGGAUGAAGCAGCUGCCGCUGCGUGUAAAGAGGGAAACCCCAUCACUAAAGACUUCAUGAUGCAGCAGACGAUGCUCCGAGUUAAGGAUCCGGUUAAAUCCCUUGAUUUCUACACACGCAUACUAGGAAUGACGCUGUUACAGAAGUUUGAUUUCCCCGCCAUGCGAUUCUCCCUGUAUUUUCUGGGUUAUGAGGAUAAGAAAGAGAUCCCUGCAGAUGUGAAGGAGAGGACGGCCUGGACGUUCUCCCGUCGAGCCACUAUAGAGCUCACGCAUAACUGGGGCUCAGAGACAGAUGACAGCCAGUCUUACCACAACGGCAACUCAGACCCAAGAGGCUUUGGCCAUAUUGGAAUUGCCGUACCAGAUGUCUAUGCUGCCUGCAAGCUGUUUGAAGAGAGUGGAGUGACCUUUGUAAAAAAGCCUGAUGAUGGAAAAAUGAAGGGCCUGGCCUUUAUUCAGGAUCCUGAUGGUUACUGGAUUGAGAUUCUCAGCCCCAACAACAUGGUCCCCAUCACAUCUUAAAGACUGUUGUUAUGCUGUGACCUGAUCAGAAGACACUAAUAAAAAUCAAGGACAGUUGCAGUUACAGCUUUGUGGACAGCAUGGAAAGCAGUGCACAAUGAAGACGGACAAUCUUUGACAUGAUAGUGGCAGUAUGUUUGGCUAAAAAUAACAGUGUAACAAUAUAAUUGGAGAUUUACUUUUUGAAAUAAUGCAGUCCUCUAGAAUCUAACUGUAAAUGUUUACAUUACUAAAAUAAAAUAGUUUUUGAAUUGAUGCAGGCCUCAAUAGAGUCUAACCUUGAAACCCUACCUUUGUUUGUUAAAAUAAAACAAAGCAAGUAUUUUUGAGUCUUUAA